AUGCUGCACGGCCCCGGCGCCCUGGGGGGGCCGUGGCAGCCCCCGCAGCAGCAGCAGCAGCGGCUCCCGGGGCUCGGCACAGCCUCGGUGCCCAGCGCCUGGCCCUCGGCGGCGGCGGCGGCGGCGGCGGCGGCGGCUGCGGGGGGGGGGCCGGGCACGGCGACCCCGGGAGGCGGCGGCGGAGGAGGCGACGGCGACGGCGGCGGAGGAGGAGGAGGAGGAGGGGGGUCCCCGGCCGGGGGCGGCGUGGGGGGCCCGGUGAGCCCCUGGGACAUCGCGCUGUGCGCCACGGGCACGGCGGUGGCGGCGGAGAACGCGCUGGUGCUGGCGGUGCUGUUCUACACGCCCAGCCUGCGGGCUCCCACCUUCGUGCUGAUCGGCAGCCUGGCGCUGGCCGACCUGCUGGCCGGGCUGGGGCUGGUGGGCAACUUCGCCGUGCGCUACCUGCUGCGGCCCCCCAGCGAGGCGGCGGAGCUGGGGGCGGCGGGGCUGCUGCUGGCCGCCUUCUCCGCCUCGGUGUGCAGCCUGCUGGCCAUCACGGUGGACCGCUACCUGUCGCUGUACAACGCGCUCACCUACCACAGCGAGCGCACGCUGGGCUUCACCUGCGCCACGGUGCUGCUGAUGUGGGCGCUGUGCCUGGGCGUGGGGCUGCUGCCGCUGCUGGGCUGGAACUGCCUGCGGGAGCCCAGCGCCUGCAGCGUGCUGCGCCCCGUCACCAAGGACAACGCGGCCGUGCUGGCCGUCGCCUUCCUGCUGCUCUUCGCCCUGAUGCUGCAGCUCUACCUGCAGAUCUGCAAGAUCGCCUUCCGGCACGCCCAGCAGAUCGCCGUGCAGCACCAGUUCAUCGCCACGGCGCAGGCCACCUCCACCCGCAAAGGGCUCUCCACGCUCUCGCUCAUCCUCGGCACCUUCGCCCUGUGCUGGAUCCCCUUGGCCAUCUACUCGCUGGUGGCCGACUCCAGCUACCCCGCCGUCUACACCUACUCCCUGGCGCUGCCCGCCACCUGCAACUCCCUCAUCAACCCCAUUAUCUACGCCUUCCGCAACCCCGACAUCCAGAAGUCGCUCUGGCUGGCCUGCUGCGGCUGCAUCCCCUCCGCCUUCUCCUCCAGGCCAAGGACAUCUAGCGACGUGUGA